UUUUAUUUUAUUUAUUGAUUUAAGUUACGAUUGGAGGAGAAGAAGAAAUAGAUGGAAGGUAUUGAGUUUUUUCACCCAAAUUUCAUUGUUUACUGCUUAUGUUGGUGCAGUGGGUAUUUCACUUUCCGUUGAUCUCGCUGUGCUCAAUUGUGGAGCCGCGCUUUAAUGCCUUCUACUAUCCACCAUCUUCCGCAAUCGCCGCAUUAUGGAUCGAAAACACAGUGACUGAGAGACAGCGAAACGAACUGUUUUCCCACAGCCGAAGUAACCAAAGCCAAAUUUCACAUUCCGACUUCGUAACGUGGGUCCACUUAAACUGCUUCCUAAAAUCUGUAUUUCUCAUUAAUGGUUGUGAAGUUGCAGUGAUCCGCCAUGGGGUGUGUGAACUCGAAGCAGGCGGUGUCCGUGACGCCUGCAUUCGAUCACUCCGGCGCAUUUCGUGACAAUGAAUCAACGGCGGUGGGGAGCUCGGGUCGUAGCCGAUGUGGGUUGGGGGAGAUUGAGAGGAGUUCGAAGGCGAAGACCAAGAGGAAGUCGAAGGGGUCCAGUGAGUUCUAUGGGGUUGGGAGUGAGCUGGGUGAAUCGGGGAGGGCGAGUUCAAAUGGCGCAGGGAAUCAGACUUUGAGCUUCAGAUUGGGGAAUUUGAACAAGUAUAUUGAAAGUGAGCAAGUGGCGGCAGGGUGGCCGGCCUGGCUCAGCGCUGUCGCCGGUGAGGCCAUUCAAGGUUGGAUUCCUCUCCGGUCCGAUGCUUAUGAGAAGCUGGAAAAGAUUGGACAAGGUACGUAUAGCAGUGUAUUUCGAGCACGUGAACUAGAAACAGGAAGGAUUGUUGCUUUAAAGAAGGUUCGGUUCGACAAUUUUGAGCCUGAAAGUGUUAGAUUUAUGGCACGAGAGAUCAUGAUUCUCCGCAGGCUUGAUCACCCUAAUAUCAUCAAAUUGGAGGGCUUAAUUACGUCUCGUUUAUCAUGUAACAUUUACCUUGUGUUUGAGUACAUGGACCACGACAUUACUGGGCUCUUGUCCUCCCCUGAUAUCACUUUUAGUGAAUCACAGAUUAAAUGCUACAUGAAACAAUUGAUAUCCGGGCUUGAGCAUUGUCACUCACGCGGUGUAAUGCAUCGGGAUAUUAAAGGAUCUAAUCUCCUAGUCGAUAACGAAGGGGUAUUAAAGGUAGCUGAUUUUGGAUUGGCGAACUUCUAUAAUUCCGGGCACCAGCAACCUCUAACGAGUCGUGUUGUCACUCUGUGGUAUCGUCCUCCUGAACUUCUACUGGGUUCAACAGACUAUAAUGCAUCUGUGGAUCUUUGGAGUGUUGGCUGUGUUUUCGCCGAACUCCUUGUUGGGAAACCUAUUCUUCAGGGAAGAACAGAGGUCGAACAGCUACACAAGAUCUUCAAGCUUUGCGGCUCUCCUCCUGAUGAGUACUGGAAAAAGUCUAAACUUCCUCAUGGCACUUUGUUCAAGCCACAACAUCCAUAUAAUAAUUGCUUACGCCAGACAUUCAAAGAUUAUCCUUCGACGACUGUGAACCUGCUAGAAACGCUUCUUUCCGUGGAACCAUACAAGCGUGGAGUUGCCUCCUCUGCUCUUACAUCUGCGUAUUUCAGUACAAAACCGUAUGCAUGUGAUCCAUCAAGCUUGCCAAUUUAUCCACCUAGCAAAGAGAUUGAUGCAAAACAAAGAGAGGAGACGAAAAGGAAAAAACAUAGUGGAAGAGCCCGUGGACUAGAUAACAGAAGGUUAAUGCGAAAUCAUCAUGGAACCAAUAAAUUGGCACCAGCCGAGGACUCAUCAGUCUCAGCUCGAGCUUUGCAUACAAUUAGUAUUAAUGCACAAGAUCUAAAAGAAGAAAAGGUUACCAAAGCUGACCAGGCGCAAAAGCUGUCAAUUGAUAAACUGGAAGAGACUAUACAUGAAACGAAUGCAUCUCAAGGAGACAUUCCCUUCUCUGGCCCUCUACAAGUUUCGACAUCGAGUGGCUUUGCGUGGGCAAGACGACGAAGAGACGAUGCCUCUAUUCGAUGUUAUUCCAGAUCAAUUUCACGAGGAGAACUAAUUAAUGGGCUGGACCAUUCUGCUACAUCAAGAAGCAAUUUGGAGUCCAAGUUUCAUGAAAAGGUAGACAUGUUAUCCAUGAGCCGCUCAAGUUCCAAGGGUCCUGAAUCAAGUGAGAGAUCCAAGGUUGUGAUAAGGAAUCAGUGGGGCAAGUUUGAGCGUCCUGAUUCCUUUGAUACUUCGGAUGAGUACCACUCCCAGGACUUUGCAGUGGCACUUUCUUUGCGAGAUGAACUGGGAGCUAAGAGGAAUAAUCUGAGUUAUCAGGACCAAGUGGACAAAGUUGAAUAUUCUGGGCCCUUGUUAUCUCAAUCUAGCAGAGUGGAUGAACUGCUAGACAGACACGAGAGGCAUAUUCGACAGACAGUUCGAAGAUCAUGGUUUCAACGAGGUAAAAAUUGAUUGCCAAUCAGUUGGAAAAUUUUGGGAACUGGGCAUUCACCCAAUAAACUAUUGAUUGCUGAAGAUUUCACAGCAAUAAGUUCAUAACCAAGGAAGUUAGGACAUCGCUGUUCAACACAAACAACAGGUAUACACACGUCGGAAUGUCUUCAAGAAAGCCGAAACGUUUGGAUGAUCAAACUCGUCGAUUUCCUUCCAAACUGCCAUUUUUUUUUAUUAUUCUUUCCUCCAAUGUUGUAAUGUAUAGACUAGUACUGAUAUAUGAUGAGAAAGUAUUAUUAUAAAUGUUCCUGAUUCCUAAA